UUUGACCGUUGCAAUCUCAUUUCCUCAAUCACUCACUCGCCUUAUAAAUCCAUAUCUUCAAUCCAUUUCAUCAAGUAGAAGAAUACAGAAUCACAAUUCACAUCACUGUAAUGGAAAAUAUCGUUCCAAUUCAAACUCCAACAAUCGAGCCUCAAUGCAUCCAAACACCAACUCCUCUUCCACCAUCACCUCCAGUUCAUCAUCAUCAUCAUAAACCCUGUAAUGAAUUGCGUAAACCUGUCACUCCAGAUCACCUUAAACUCCCCAAAGCAUUCAAAUACCCCGAAAGGUAUACAAGUCCAACUGAUAAGAUGAUGUCCCCGGUUACCAAAGGCCUUCUUGCAAGAAAUAAAAAGGGUGGCGCAAAGUUACCUCCUGGAACUGGAGCUGCUAAAUAUCAACCCAAGGUUCCAGACAUGUGUUUGCCGGAUGCGAAUACCUUUCAAAACAAAUGAUGAUUGAUGAGAAAAUCAACUCAACUUAAGGAAUACAAUGGAGUUCUGUUCUACAUGAUGAAUUAUCUUAGAGAGAGCUGUAUCUUCUGAUUUUUGUUCCUAAAUAGCUUUUUCUACCUAUACAUUGAUGUUAAAUAGUUUUGUGCUUUUAAAU